UUAUAAUUUUACAUCUUUAUGGAAUGAUGCUAUGCUUAAUGAUAUGGAUGUUGUGCAGACUUUAUUAGAAUUUCAUAAUCAAAAGAAUGAAAAAGAGUUUGAAGAGAUGGAAAGGAUGAUAUCUGAUGAACAAAAGAGAAUUGUUGAUAUUGUCAUGAAUAAGAGGAAAUCUCUUUUUUUUACUGGAUCAGGAGGUUGUGGUAAAACUUAUACAUUGAAUUAUUUGAUCAGAAAAUUAUACAAAGAGUUUGGAAAAGACAAGAUUGGUGUGAGUUCUUCAACCGCAUUGUCUGCAAUGAAUAUAAAGGAUGGUAUGACAAUACAUAAACUUUUCAGUAUCGGAAUCAUGGACAAACCUUUUAAAGAGAUUAUUGAUAAUAUAAGAGAAAAUGAUUUUAUUUAUGAUAGAAUAUUAAAAUUAGAGAUAUUGAUAAUUGAUGAGAUAUCGAUGAUAAAUGAAAAAACUUUUGAAUUUGUUGACAGAGUUGCACGUGAGAUAC